AUGCAAAGUAAAAUUUUGAUUCGAGAAAAUCCUAGAUCUCUAGUUCUUAUACAAUCCAAAACUUCAGAAAAUUAUCUUUCUUCAGAUAACAUUGCAUUAUUAUUUGAGCCGAUACCAGGAAAUUAUAAUGUCAACGUACCAAAAUGCAAAGUUCAAUUAAUAUCUAAUUCAGAAUUUGAUUUACAUCGGUAUCGACUUUUUAACACAAAGCCUAUGUAUGGCUGCCUUGGCCUGAUAGAAGUUGAAAAAGGAGUUGUGACAGACUGCAAACAUAUUGGCCGAAUACGACCAGGCGAAUCUGUUCAUCGUAUUAUAGAUGUAGAGUUUUAUUCCUUAACAAAUAAUUCAUGGGACUAUUCUUCGACAACAUAUAGUAAUUCAAGUCGAUUACAUGAUGAAGAUAAUUCAUCUUCUGUUUCUGUUCAUCCAUGCAAUCAAUUAAGAAAAUUACUUUCGAAUGGCCAUUUUUAUUUUUCAUCGAAUUUUGAUUUGACGAGGACUUUGACAGUGAGAGCAAGUAUGUCUAAAGCUGAUAAAUACUCGUAUGAUAGCCAUUUUCUAUGGAAUAAAUUUAUGAUAAAAGAAUUGUUAAAUUAUCGCUCUAAACUUAAUGUGACUGUUGGUACAAACAAUGCUUCUUUGUCUGUUAUUUCCAAAUUAAGCUGUAAGAGAGCUGGAACUAGAUAUAACACUCGUGGAAUUGAUGAUGAUGGAAAUGUUGCGAAUUUCGUAGAGGGAAUUCAAGUCAUGAGUCAUAAGAUCCAAAUAUCACGUGGACCAGCAGCAACGUUACCAGCAGUUGAACGACAUUUUAAUGAGUUACAAAGUAGAUAUGGUGAAGUUUAUAUACUUAACCUACUUAGUCAACUCAAAGAUGGCGAAUUUCUAUUAUGUAAUGAAUAUCAGGAUCGAACAAAUGAUUUAAAUAAACACGGAUACAUUUAUCAAUUUUUUUCUUUUGACUUUCAUGCCAUUUGUGGGAAUUCAAAUUAUGAGAAUUUGUCAAUACUAAUUCGAGAUAUUGGAAAAAAUUUGGAAUCGACUGGUUUUUUUUUGUUGGAUAUAGAAACAAGCUCACCAAUAUUUUAUCAAAAAGGUGUUUUUCGAACUAACUGUGUGGAUUGUUUGGAUAGAACAAAUAUUGUACAAACAGUUAUAUCAAAAACUGUAUUAAGCACGUAUCUUCAUGAGAUAGAAUGUGUCACUCAUAGCCUAGAAUCGUUGAAUUCUAGGCAUUCACAUUUAUGGGCAGAAAAUGGCGAUAGUCUGUCAAAGAUUUAUGCUGGCACGGGUGCAUUGAAAUCUGAAUAUACACGCGUUAUUGGAGACGCUACGAAAACGGUCAAUCGCUUUUAUAUAAAUAAUUUUCAGGAUAAAUUUAAACAAGAAGCCAUAGAUUUAUUACUCGGCAAACAAUUAAAUCAAAAUCAAAUUAUGAUUUAUGAUCCUGUAAACGAAUUGGUUCUUGAAGACAUUCAAAAAAGGUUAAAUGAUUUUUCAACAAAAACAACAAUAAAUGUUUUUGUUGGAACAUAUAAUCUUAAUGGUGUUUCACCUUUGGGUGAAUCUCUUACACCCUGGCUCUUUGCUUUUGAUGAUUAUGAGCAAGAUCCACAUCUGUAUGUAAUUGGGUUUCAGGAAAUCGUAGAGUUAAAACCUCAACAGAUCGUUUCUACAGAUCCAGAAAAAUUCCGUAUCUGGGAGCGUGAAAUAAGUAGAACACUCAAUGGUCGUCACGGAAAUCAUUCCAAUUAUGUGAUUUUGCGUUCAGAUCAAUUGGUUGGUACUGCAUUAGUUAUUUAUGCAAGAGCUGAUGUGGUUUCCAAUAUAAGGAAUGUUGAAUGUCAUACUAAUUAUGAAGAAAGAAAUAAAGAAUAUCAAACUAUUCAUGAUGGUUUAACUUUUAGAAAUGGUCGACGACUUGAACAUUUUGAAUAUGUGGUUUGGUUGGGUGAUUUUAAUUAUCGGAUAUCUUUAACAAAUGAACAGGUUCGAGCUUUUCUAGAAGAUGAAAAUCUUGAUGCAUUAUUAAAUGCUGAACAGUUGACCAAACAAAUUGAACGGGGGCAAGCUUUUACUGAUUAUAUUGAAAAUCCUAUUACAUUUUUCCCAACAUAUAAAUAUGAUAAUGGAACAGAUAUGUAUGAUACAAGUGAAAAAGCAAGGGUUCCAGCAUGGACAGAUCGUAUAUUAUAUCGAGGAAAUAGAAUAAAACAGUUUGGUUAUUGUAGAGCUGAAAUAAAGGCUUCAGAUCAUAGACCGGUUAUGGCAUUUUUUGAUAUUGAGAUAAUUAAAUAUGACAGAGCAGCUAAAGAAAAAAUUCAUAGAGAAAUAUAUUUAGAAAAGCUACAAAUUGUGUCUCAAGACAAUAAUAAAUUUUCUUAUUAUUCAAAUGUCACUGAAAUAGAACAAAAUGGAAAACAACAUUGGGAUAAAUUGGCAAAAUCAAUAAGAAAAGUUAAUGACACACCAUUAACUACUGAUGAUGAAAUCAUAGCAAAAUUAGCAAAGUCAAGAGAAGCCGAGAAUCAAAAUGCACCUGUUGGUAUAUUGAUUGAUUUUGAAGACGAAGUGCCCCCGCCAAGUUCAGAACAUCAUCAGUGGUGGACUGUUCCAAUCGUUGGAACACACACAACAGCUUUAUCACCAGUUAAAAUUGAUAAAAGUACAAUUAAUCACGAUUUUCGGAAGUAUUCAAAUAAUCCAUUUUAUGACACAUUGGUAAACCCAAUGAUGACAGACUUUUCUGAACAACCACUUGUAUCUUUACCAUCUACAAAAUCAACAAUUCAAGAAUUUAACAAGCCGAAAAAAAAAAUAAACCCAUUUUUUGAGAUUGAUUAUGAACUUGACGAUGAUAAAACCAAUAAUAAUGAUCAAUUAAUCGAUGUUCCGUUUGAUUCAUCGGAACAAUCAAAACCGGAUGUCAAUUCACACAAUGAUUGGAUUCCAUUAAUUCCAACUAAAAUCAAUCGUGGUGAUGAUA